AUGUUGCCGAAGAAAGACAGUCAGACGGAGCCGUACGCUCUCGAAGAUAUGAUAUCGGAUCUGCAGGCGAGGAGGCACUCGUUGGAUCACGAGGACAUCGUGCAGGAUCCAGCCGAGUUGCUGAAGCAACGCGAGAGAGACCUCGUCCUGGCUGCUGAACUUGGCAAGGCUCUGCUCGAAAGGAAUCAGGAGUUAACGAAGCAGACCGAGACCUUAGUCGAGGAAUACUCCGCCAAAUUAGAAAGUUUGGAGCAGGAAAGGCAUCUACUGCGGAGGAGACUCGAAGAAGCCAGGGAUGAAAGCGAGGCGAGGGCUUUGGAGUUCCAAACUGACGUGGAGAGCCUCAGGAGUCAGUUGGAAGAGCAAAAUGAGAGAGCGAGGAGAACAGAACGCGAUCAAACCACCCUUGUUGCGGAGUUGACGGCACAAAACACGAGGCUAGCCGAUCAACUGAGGGAAGCUGCCAAACAGGAGGAGCAGUUGCUCGCGGAAGUGAAGAGGUUGAGAGAAAAUUGCGCUCUCAGGAACACCACCCUGCAGGAUCACGUCAGUAGCCUAGAGGUCCUCAGAGACGAGGUACAACUAGUAUCCGCACAAAGGACUGAAUUAGAGAGGCGGUCCUUGGAGCUGCGUGAGGAGAGGGCCAGGGCUAUCGCGGCUCUCGAGGAAGCCGAGGAGAGAGCUACGGCCGUGGAGCGGCUCGGCCACGAAGCGGAACACCGUGCCAGAGUGGCGGAGCAAGAGAGGGACGAGCUAGCGUCAGCAUUGGCAGCUAUCGAGGCAGAGAGGAGAGCUCGGUCCGGUUCGAUACAAAAAACACCGAGGUCUUUGCAAGCAGAAAUGGAAUGCGAAGAGAGCGGCAAUUCGCUCGGGGAACAGGAAGACGGAAGCCUGAGAACGGAGGUUGCGAGGGUGACGAAACGGCUGAGGGAGCUGUGUGCUCAUCUGAGACGCGGGGAGGACGACUCGGGUUUGCAGAGCGACUGCGACGAGUCCAUGCUGGUGAUUAAUCUCAACAACUCCGAAGCAGAGGUGGGCACCAACGAGCGGGAGACUCACUCUUCACCGACAAAUUGUCCGGGUGCGCUGAUAGAACUAGUCGAAGAAGUCUACAAUCUCGCGCUGUCAGGUAGAGGAGCACCAGGAGAAUUAGGAUUGGCGGUGGAACUUCACAGAGUGCGGGAAGAGUUGGAGAACUCUCGGGAGCAGUGCAGGAUACAGGAGGAGGAACUGAAGCGACGCGGCGAUACUAUUCUGGAGUUUACGAGCAAGUUGAGCGUUUGCGAGACUGAACUGCGCGGUGCCAAGGAGGAACGUGACAGGGCGAGGUGCGAUAUCGAACAUUCCGAGCUGACGAAGGAUGAAAUCGUAGCGAAAGCUUACAAGGUGCGAGACCAGGCAGUGGCCCGACAGAAUAGGGUGGAGGUGGAGCUGGCCAGGACGCGGAUAGAUAUCUUGCAGGCGGACAGUCAGCUGAAGGAGGCGAUUAAGCAGAAGAUUGAGCUCAGUCAGCAGCUGGAACAAUGGCAGAUGGACAUGCAGGCGCUUCUGGACGAGCAUGUACGGAGCAAACUAACUCCGACUUCGCAGAUCGUCGCCACGAGCGAGAACUCGGACAUGGCGCCGGCCAGGAAGAAGAGGAGCACCGGCUCGACGAAAAAGAUGUUCGGCUUGUUUUGACGAAAGUGACGCAGCGCGAUGGCUUCGCUGCAUUAAGCCGAGCGAUCGCGACUGACGUAGACUUGGACUCUUGGUUCCUGCGCAGCCAUUUCGCAGAAAAGAGACGUUAGCAGAACGAAGAGAUGAUUGCGGAAAGAAAGUGAAUUUAGGUGUACUUAUCUUUUUAUUAUAAAAACCGUUCAAUAUCUCAUGACGAAUGGGAUAACAUUCCAGACAUCUUCUACUCUGCUACAGUCAUUAUAAAUAAUGCCACUUGCAUUGCACGAUUGCAAUUUAUGGACAAGCAUCUGGGACUAAUCUCAAACUAGCGGUUUUGUGUAAUUAAAAUUAACACCUCGACUGGAUACGUCUAGAGAUUCUAAAGUAAAAGAUAGGAUAUCAUGCGUUUGAUCCGCCG